CCAUAUUGGGACCUAACGGAUUGUAAAGCGAUCCACAAACUCGUGCAGUCGCGGAUGUCCUCAAGACGACAGUAGGGAGGCGUAUAAAACAAGAUUGAUAUUAGUAUGUACUUUUUUCGUGUUUGCUAAUGUUAGUGAGGCUGUGCACAGUUUGGCCUCACCCUGAAUCACAAGCAAGUCCAAAUGCAAACUGUCCUCGCAGAGUUGCCUCGAGCCGUCAUUGGAAACAUGUAGCAGCAAAUCAAACGAGAACGCUUCGCAAUGUCCAUCAGAGACUUUCAAGGGGAAGUGAAUCCAAAAUCACUUAGGAUCAAGAAAACAUCACUGGAGCAUGAUUUCAAUCCCGCUUGCCUCGACGCUUGCGAGGGCAGGUUAUCUUUGUGGUUGGACGUUGUCUAUUACACUCUUGUCAAAACGAUAUCCUGUUCAGCAUCUUCAAACGUCGCUUUGAAACAUUUCGAUGGUGAUUUCGCUCCUCCUUAAGGACCACUGAAACGACACUGGCGGUCCUCUCGGCACUACACCGUUUAAAAAUGUGGACUUGCGGCUAUUUUUCCUGUUCCUGCUGCUUCCACAUCCUGUUGUUGCCUGUCAGCUAGUACACGAUCUGGCACGCCACCACAACGCGCUCAAGAUCAGAUCUUGGUGCUCACACGCCCCUCUCGUCUUGAAGUAAUUCCACACAACGAUGGCAAGUAAACUCGCAGAUAUUCAAGACAUCGUCGACAAGACCUUUGAUUACGUUGUCGUCGGUGGCGGUACUGCAGGCUGUGUCGUAGCAAGUCGCCUGGCUGAAGACCCGGAUGUCACUGUCGCCGUCCUUGAAGCGGGCCCGCCGCAAUUCGGCGACUCAAUUAUAGAAGACCCUGCUGCGUUUAUGAAGCUCAUGCUGGAUCCCAAAUAUGAUCAUAUGUAUACUACUACCCCGCAGCUCCGGGCAGGAGAUCAGCCAGUGUUAUGGUCACGCUUCUUUCCCCCACCGAAGAAUGAGCUUUCGGAGUUCGAAACCUUUCAUGACUCCGAAUCUGUCGGUUAUGACGGGCCCGUACCGCUCAUCUUCUCUCGUGACAGUUCUGGUGCGGAAGCCCUCUGGCAAAAGAGCUUGGCGAAAUACGGUGUUGAGGUCAAUACUGCAAACUUAGACGGAAAUGCCACAGGUACCUUCAAGACCGUCUCUAAUAUUAACCCAGAGACCCGCCAGCGCGCUCACUCUGCUACGACCUACCUUAUUCCCGCACUGACAGGCCAAACCUCGCAGAGUGAUGGAGAUGUCGCUGCAUCUGGCGUCGAAUUUGAGCACGGCGGACGUGUUUACACCGUUUUUGUCAAGGAGGUUGUGCUAUCUGCCGGGGCGAUCAAGUCACCUCAUAUCCUGGAACUCAGCGGAAUCGGCGACCGUAAGAUCCUGGAACCACUCGGGAUCGAGGUCAAAAUCGAUUUACCCGGCGUCGGGGCCAACGUUCAGGAUCAUGUCUCGAUGGGAUUUAACAGAUGGAAGUUGAAAGAGGACCAGAAUAUCGUCACCAGCGGUAUGCUUCAAGACCCAGCUCAGGCAGAGAAGCUGCGUAUAGCCCUGUGA